AUGAAACCUUCGGCAUUUAUCAAGAAGAAAAAUGGUGUUGACAAGCUGAAGAUUCACAUCCGGACACACACCGACGAAACGCCUUAUGCGUGUAAAACCUGUGACAGAUCCUUCAGAUCAUCCAAACAUCUUCGGAAGCAUUCUUUUACACGGUUAUCCCACUUAAACAAUCACAUCCGCACUCAUACUCUUGAAAAACCUUAUGUGUGUAAAAUAUGUGACCAAGCAUUCAGGUCUUCAAGCAACCUGGGACGACAUAAGAAAAUUCACAACAAGGAC